GCUUUUCUUUUCUUCUCCCCUCCUUUCCUACCAUUUCCUUAUCUGAAUCAGCUGAUUAUUGUUUUCGUAUUUCCAACGAAACAGAGCGUUGCUGUAGUUAUGAUAUGCGAUACAUAUUAACGGGCGACUUUUCCGAAUACCUUCAUAGGCGCGUCGAAACAGGCAACGAAUCUGACAAUCCCCGUCGUGAUUAGAAACUGUACCGACGCGCUUCAUAUUUCGAACAAAAAGAUUGACGUUCCGCGGGCGGGGUGACAUCACUAUCGCUUUCUGGUCGUGUUGUGUCAGUCACUCGUAGAAUGACGCAGUAGAAGGUCGUUUCAGAGAUGGCGAGCUUCCCAGUAUGAGAAUACAGUUUUAUGGCGAGGUAAAAAUAUUCAAUUUUGGAAGAAAUCAUGUCUGCAGACUCUCCUAGGCGUGGUGUGCAUAAAGGAGCUCAAGUUGUAUCACCUCAGCCUAUAGUUGAUCGAUCAAUUAUAGAUAGUGUCGCUGGAAUUAUCAAUGAUAUAGUUCCACAGGCUUAUAGUAGUUCAUUAAAUUCUGAUAACAAGGAAUCUAUAUCUUGGGCACGGUUUGAGUAUGCAGACAUUAAUGAUCCAGUCUUAUAUCCAGACUACAAUGAAGGCUCUAAUACACCACCUUUAUUAUUGGUGCUUGGUUAUACUACUGGAGUUCAGGUGUGGUUGAUAGCAGCAACAGGGGAGGCAACAGAAGUUUUAUCAUGGAGACAAGGAGUAGUCCAUACUCUUAGAAUUUUACCAAAUCCAAAGACUGAUGAUGAACACAUUGAUCUGUUUGAACUGAAACGCCCAAUGGUGGCAGUAUGUGAUUCAGCUGGUCCUGGUCCACAAUUUUGCAACAUUAGUUUCAUUUCGUUGAAAACUGGAGAACAGACUAAAAGCAUAAAAUUUAAAAAUCCUGUUUGCGAUAUUUUGGCGAAUAAGCGAUCUAUCGUAAUAACAUUUUUAGAAAAAAUUGCAGUGUUUGAUGCUCGAACUUUGGAUGAUGUAUUAACAGUCACUACCUGUCAUGCUAGUCCAGGGCCAAAUCCGAACCCUGUUGCUUUAGGAACAAGGUGGCUCGCCUACAGUGAAAAAAAAUUGUUACCAUCUAAGAGAAGUAGUGGGGGUUGCGAAGGAGAAGGAGUUCAAAGUUAUACCGCAACUGUUCUUUAUGCUGCAAAAUCUUUGGGUAAAGGUUUGCGUGGCUUAGGAGAAACUGUUGCGUCAAGUUUAACUGGUAAUUCGACGUCGCCAAUAGUUGUCAAUAACACAGGAAAUGAUGUGACUCAACCGGGUGUGAUUACGAUAUUGGACCUUCAAGCUGCAAAAGAGGAGAAAGGAUCAGAUGAUCCAAAUGUAGAAACUAUAAUUGCUCAUUUUACUGCCCACAGUGAUGCGAUCGUUGCCAUGACUUUUGAUUUAAGCGGAGCUUUGUUGAUGACCGCUGACAAAAGAGGGCAUGAUUUUCAUGUAUUUAGAAUUCAGCCGCAUCCAGGCGGCCCUACUUUAGCAGCAGUACACCAUUUAUAUAUUUUACAUCGCGGAGAUACUACUGCAAAAGUGCAGGAUAUGGUAUUUUCGAGUGAUACCCGUUGGGCGGCUAUUUCAACUGUACGGGGCACUACUCAUGUAUUCCCGGUUGCACCCUAUGGCGGUCCGGUAGGCAUGCGUACCCAUUCAACGCCGCAUGUUGUAAAUAGACUUUCAAGAUUUCAUAGAAGUGCAGGAUUAAUGGAUGAUGGAACCAGAUCCCAUUCUCCUGUCUCCCAUUCAGAGUUGCCUUUGUCAGUAUAUCCAUACUCUAAUCCAAGACUUCCUCCAUAUCCCCAUCCAACGGUUCUACAUCCUCUCGCACAGAUUAGGCAACAAUCUACGUUAAAUUACGUGAACAGCCAAGCUCAACAGAGCAGGCCGCAGCAACGACAACGUUUGCACUCCGAUGAUAGUGCAACUAUACCAUUAAAGAUAUGCGCUUGUUUUGCACCACCAAGAGCUUGGAUGUAUGCACAAAGAGAAAAUACCGCCAAAGUUAUAAAGAGGGCAGUAGAUUCCUUAUUCAUCAUGGCGUGUCAUGGAAACAUGAUACAAUAUGAUUUAGAACCUAAACCUGCAGCAGGCGUACCAAAAGAAAAAGUGUGUGAUGAUACAAUGAUUGAAUUAGAGGUUGAACCAAGAGGUCAGUGGCCUCUUGUAAGAACUCCGAGUUCUUUAGAGAUUGUGUCUCCUUUGCCACCAACUAGUCCUUUGUUAAGUGUCGUUACUUCACCAAAAGACAUUCAAGACAUGGAUUUAGCAGAGGAUCGUUGGUUAAGUCAAGUAGAAAUAGUAACCCAUGCGGGUCCACAUAGACGACUUUGGAUGGGACCACAGUUUGUCUUUAAAACCUACAAUGCAACUAGUGGAGCUCCUGUGAAUUUGGUCGAAGCCGAGGCUGUUGAAAUUGGUGUAACCGGUGGGUCUCGUCCAGCGAGAUCAAAUCCGGUGAAUAUGCCUCAUGCUACAUCUAGGUCAUUAGUUCCCGUAGUUAUCGAUGGAUCAGGAAGUAGUUACGAGCAAUCGCCAAGGUUCAUGGAAGCCUAUGGCGAUUGCUUAGAUAGCGAAAACGCGGGUGUUGGGAGCGGCGAGAAUCAGCUAAGAGAAGAUUUGGCCGAAGCGAUGUUGGAAACGUCUAUUGCACCUCAUCGUGCUGGGAGGCGAUCGGUAUUUGAGAGGGUGGGUCAACCGGUAACUAAAGUUGUCAACCCUCUGGGCACCGUGAUUACCGUGUCAGCCGAUGAGGAAGACGUUAACUCCAGUCAGGAAUUCGAUUCCGCGGAAGAAAGCUACGUGCCAGAACCACCUAGGAGUGUGUGCGCCGAGGAGGGUCCCGCAUCACUCGGUGAUUUAGAGCUGGAGAGUCAGACAUUGCGCGAUCUAACAGAGAUUUGCGCGGAAAUGCGUUCGGCUAGCGAACCAGCGAUCGAUAGUGUACCCGACGAGAACAUCUAUGAGGUGAAAGAGAGGAAAGCACUGUGUGUAGAGAUCGCACCGAUUACGAACCCCGGUAAUUCUACUAUAGACUUCGAGAAGGCAGAGGUGUUCCGCGACGUGCCAACUAGUCUGAGUCUCUGCGUACAACCGGGUGAAAUACCUAGCAGCCCUAUGACGCAGGCUAAAGAGACAGCUUGGUGCAAGAGGUUCGAUAAAAGAGAAGAAAAAGCGCACGAGAGGAACAUGUCCGAGGCCCAGUACGUCGUCAACUGCGACGACGAGAGUGUAGUGUUGAUGGAGAACAAGUUGGCUUUGGGACGGAGAAAUGUUGCGCAACAUAAGUCAGAUAUUAAGAAGCUUAGCGAGUUGGAGAAACCAACAAAAAAGUCAUCCGGGAAAAAUGGAGGUCCCAGUGGGACCUCCGGGAAAAAAGUAGAAGCUAAGACUUCGGUGAAGAAGUACAUCCUGAAAGAAAAUGAAGACAGCAUCGUUAUAGAAGACACUACGUAUGUGGAGCCGAAAAGUAGUUGCAGUGAAAAAAAAGAAAGCCAGAAGAGCACAGCUGACGCGGACGCGAAGGGAAAGAAUACUGAAAGCAAAAACGGAGAUUCAUCCAGGGAUUCGGGAAAGUCUAAGGGUAAAUCGAAGUCCUCUGCGGUUCAGGAUAAAAAGGAAAUCAAAGCUGAUGUUAAAGUAGAGAGCAAGAAAUUCGAGAAACGGCUGGAGCCAGUCAUCGAGUUGGAAUGUGCAAUUGAGGAAAAAAAGGAGGAGUCUAAGUCAGACACGAGUGCUAUCGACAGCGAUACACUCAAGUAUCCACCGUCAGACUCGGCCGAUGAUUUCAGCUCUAGCGAGUAUCACAUCGUAGAAUCAACUUGUUGCAAUAAAGAUAGUGUUUUGGCUCAAUCUGACGAGGACAUCGAACACAUCCAAAGCUCCGAGAUCAGCCAACUACAGCAAGCGGAAUGUUUCGAAGGCGAUAAAUGUGCGCACGUUCUCUGCGAGGACCCUUCAACUAGUUUGCAGAGAAAAAACAGUAAAAACACCAUAUCGGACGACGAUUUAGAGUACAUCCAUUCUUUGGAGCUCAUCGAAACUCCCGAUAAGAAGUGCAGCGAGGAACUCAAAAUAGACACCGGGAAGGAAAGCGAUCAUGAUUCGAACACCAGCAAGCGUACUUUCUCUGACGAUGAUUUGGAGCACGUUCAACAUUCUGAUGUUUGCGCCAUGUCGUCCGAUUUAAGCAAAGAUGAUCGAAUUGUAAAAAAGGAAAGUCAAUCAGAACAAAUUACGAGAUCAAAGAGUUCGAAGAAGACGAAGGACAUCGUGGUGAUCCAAAGCGACACCGUGGCUACCGAUGUCACUGUGAUCAUCAAACCGGUUGAAAGUUGGAAGGGCAAGAACACGGAAAAGAAAGAAGAGUUAGAGGAAUCCGCGAAAGAUUCAGGAACCAAUGAAAAUCCUAGCCCCCUGAAGAAGAUUAAAACUCGACAGACUAAAACCUCUCCUUCAAACGUUGCUCCUAAACGAUCGUCAGGAGAAAUUGAGAUUAUCGACAUAGAUGCAAUGCAGAAGGCCGAGAUGGAAAUCUUGACGGUUACAACACCGACCCCAGAGUGUAAGAUUUUGUCUGGACCCGAGGUCAAAGAGCAACGGACAAAGAAGACCCGAAAAAAUAAGAAGACUAGCGGUGAAAGCACUCAAAGUUUAGAAGUCUCCGAACAACAGAAGAUUACCGAGGAUACUGAAAAAGAAUUAAGUUCGCAGGAGGUUCCGGAAUUUUCUUGGAGUGCCAUCGUCAAGAAAAAAAGUGGUUCUGUAGAACCUGAGCCGUACAAGGAAGAAGACAAGCUUGUCGAAAUCGAGGAAACGAUCGACGCAACGGAAGUUUCGAAAUGUAACAUUUUGGAGAAAGAUUCUGAAAAGAAGAAAAUACAGGACACUUCGUCAAAGAAAAGUUCAGAUGUGAAAGGUUUGCAGGUAAUUGAUAAACUCCGAGAAGCUGUAGCUGAAGUAGAUUCAAAGGAACCUGUUCCAACCGAAGAAUCUUCCUGGAGUUCUAUUGUAGUUAAGAAGAAGAAUAGUUUCUCCCCGAAGUUGGAUGAAAAGAAGGAUCUUGAUGUUGUUCCAAGCGUAGAGGAAACGUCUGCUCCUGCUGAUGAGAAGAAAUCCAGUAGAAAAAAUGUUGAGCCUUUGGUUAAAUCUCCUACAAUGAUCGACAAGCUCCGAGAGGCAGUAGCAGAAGCAGAUGACGAUGAGUCUUCAGGAGUGCAAGUGUCUUGGAGCGCGGUUGUCAGGAAGAAAAAUAGUUUCUCCGCAGAGAGCGAAGUGAAGAAAGAAUCCGAUUCUGAUCCGGUAGAGGAAUCAAACACUCAGCUUGAAGAAAAGAAACCUCGUCGAAGACAAAUUGAGACUCCACCUCGUUCCUCAACAGUAACGGAUGAGAUGCAGACAGCUGCCAUCGAAACAAUCAAAGAGCCUACAACUCAGGCAACAGAAGGUUCGUGGAGUUCGAUCGUGAAGAAGAAAGCUCCGCCUGAAUCAUUGCAAUCGUCUGCCAUCGUGGAAAAGGUUCGCAAGAAGUUGAACAUUUUGUUCAAUCCGUUGGAUAAUGAGUCUGAUCACGAGGCAAAAUUAGCUGAAGGUGUUGUCUCUAUGAACGUAAUCGAUGAACCGAUGUAUACUUGUUCUCUCGUGGACCUUUCAAGCCCACCGGUUGAACAGCCACUGGAAGAGAAGAAAUCCGAGAAGUCUUUGAAACCAGAAGCGGUCGAUGAGAAGUGUGAUGACGGAAACUUGGAGAACGACCCAGUGUUCACGAAGGAAGAUUCCUCGGAACCAGAGAAGAGAAGCGACUCGGAGCAGGAGGCCGCCCCCAAACGUUGGAACUCCUCGGACGAACUGAACGCAAAUAUCGUGUUCACCGAAGGGGAUUACCCAGGCCGCGAGACGGUCGAGCGAAGCGCAGACAGUUGCUCGAAUCCCUCGGUCGCUAUCUCCAAGAAAGGCAACAGGUCGAAGAAAAAAAAACGCAGAUGAGUAGAGGAUUGUAUGGAUGUACCUAGGGCCAGCCUUGCCCUUUAUAUUCUUCUGAUGCAAGUCACGGGAGCUGAUUAGCGAGAGUUUCAACCGGAAACCGAACUGGUUUCCGCUUUAUGUUGCAAUUACGUUACCUUGGUCAUUUUCGCGUAUCAAAAAUAGAAUCAUGUCGUCACUUUUGAGAAAAAUAAAAUUAACUAGCUUCAAUGUGACUACUGAUUUGGUAUUUUCGGAAAAUAUUUUUUAAAAUCAAC